CGGCAACCCACAGAAAGAGUGAGGAUCUCCGUCGCUGAGGAGGAGGAGAAGAGAACUGUUUUUAGGUGAUGACAUGUUCGCGCAUUCGACCCAUACUGGAAUAAAUCCCAAAUUUCGGUCCGGGGAUAUGGAAUAAUAAUCAUCUUACAUGAAGAACCUCACCAGAGAAAAUUUUUACAUUACAUUAGAGAAUACUUCAGUUCAGCUAUCAAAACAUUGGAUGGAAAACAGAAAUGACUGCUGAUUAAUCAACAACAAGCUUUAAUUCUUCGUUUACUGCAAUGCGAAAGAAAUCCUAAAGGCACGCAAUGCACUAUCAGCAGUCCGUUCGAACAUGAUGCAACAUAUGCAAGUGCCAAGCCUCUGUAGGUGCCAGUCAGUAUGAAUAGUAAAACGGAGUCCGGCCUUCAUUUUGACCUCCAAACGAUGUUGGCAGGACGCACAACUGGACUAUGUGGAGGUUAAGAGCAGAAGGCACCAUGCCCCCGUCGUCUUCAAAUACAGGGGCUAACUAAAUCAAAACAUUAUAGAAUAAUUCUGUGUCACAGAGGCUUCGGGAAAAUCUUCAUUCCUUCUGAGGAGUCUCACCAACGGCCUCCAUGUUCCUCCACAGAGCUAUGAGGUAUUACAGGCUGUGGAUCUACUCAUGCAACCUGGUUUUGCUCGUGAGUGUGGUGGCCUUUGUAUCAACAGCAGCGUGGAUUGUCUCCGACUUCAGGAUGUCGCUGUUUCCCUCCAUUGAUCUCCGCCACCCGAGUUUACUUUAUGCUUACCUGGCCCUUGCUCUUCAAGGAGGUAUCCUGCAAGCCAUCGGCUGCGUAGGGGCUCUUCGCAUGAAUGAACGGCUCCUCAACGUGUAUUGGACACUAAUGCUUCUCCUACUUUUUGGAGACGUUGUUCUGGGAGUUGUGUGGCUCUUCCGCUUCCAUUACCUUUCCGGCAGUUUGAAGGAAGAAUUACGCUCCCGCCUGAAUGAGCAAUAUGGGGUCGAUCUUGAGUUCCAGCUGCUCUGGGAUCGACUACAAAGUGAAACGGAGUGCUGCGGGGUAGAAGGGCCGAAGGACUUCGGAAGCAGUGAGUGGCUACAGAAGCAGGACUCUACUAUACGCAAGCAAGUGGUGCCACGGAGCUGUUGCCGUAUGCAGCAGCGGCCUUCCUUCAGAGAGCCCGAGCCCCUCAAUGUAUCAUGUGUGGAAUCCGACCGUAACCCGGCCCUUAUUCACCUUCCCGGCUGCUAUGAGGCUGUACACCGGUGGCUGCAGCAUGCAGCAGACCUUCUAUCCGUACUUGGUUUCUGCGUUAUCGCAUUUCUUAAGCUUUGCUUCCUUGGAAUCCUCCGUUAUGAGAUAAGGGAAAUGAUACAGAAGAUAAAAGUGCUUCGAGAUAUGAGCGAAUCCCCUGGGCUUUUGGACCCUUCAGGGCCUGCCAGUCUGCUUCCCGGGCCUGCCAUGGCGGCGAAGUUGCGCAGGCAGAGGAGCAGCACUGAUCAAAAGCAGCCACCAAAUGGGAACAACAAUGAGGCCGAGCCCUCUUCUCCAACCAAAAAGAGCUCCAGCCCAGUAUGAGACACUCCUUUCAGAUGAGUACCUAACAAAGUAUAACUGAGACUCGAGUCGCCGCUCCCAUCGAGCCUCUGAUGGUCUGGAAUCAUCCAGUUUCCAGUCAUUCGAAACGACGUUAGUGAGAAGACACAUAAUUAAUAUUUAAUAUAAAAACACGCAUUCAUGUAAAUACAAACACGAACAUAGAAACACAUAUAUUGAAUACCUAUCAUUAAACUGUGAAAAGAUUUAUUGAACAUAUUCAACUGAUUACCAUAAAAUUCCUAUUAUAAUUGAUAAAGUUUAACGAAUAUUUCCUUCCUUUUCAGCACCAAUUCGCUAGAUUAUUUCAGGAAUAUAUAUGUAAUAUGGGGUCGACUCCAUUACAUAUUCUUUAACACUGUCUCUGUUAUUAACACAUAGCAAAACAAAUAACAUCCGUAGUACUAUUUUCAGAAGUUCAGAUGAAUAUAUUCGCAAGAAAAUGAAACACGCCUCGAUCCCAUACGGUUGACUGAUCAUCGCAAGCAUCAUGAUUUUUAUCUCUAGUACGUUAUGUGUUUAGAGGAAUAAUUUUAUGCGAUGACCCUCCCCCUUUCAUUAUAAUGCGAAUUUAAAUUAACAUCUCAAAAAUAAUACGACUCCUGGAGAUAAUGUUAAGCUUUCCUUGUUAAAUUUAUGGUAAUCUUGUUGAAAAAAUUUAAUAAAUAAAUCGCUUUGAUAGGCGUACACGUUAACACAUUUCUCUCUAUAUCUAUAUAUCUAUCUAUCUAGGAGCUUCAUCCAAUAAGAACCAACGGACGGCUUCCGAUGAGAUAUUUCUUAUAUCCACAUUAGCUAUCUCUUUUUCUGUCUUAGAUACUUUCUAUAAACGCAUAGAGUCAGAUAUUUUCUUUAGCAAGCUUUUCGUACAAAGCGUGGAAAAUAUGUAGCGUAAAGUUCACGACUCUUCUCGCGGACCGUAGAAGGUCCUCGAAUAGGAAUAAAAUUUUAAGAAUUUAACAAUGAAAGUGCGAACCGUACGUUUCGACGUCGUGUAACAUGAAUUUGUUUGUUCUUUAACCACAUAACAAAGAAUCUAUAUAUGGUGAAUAAAACAACCGCGAUAAAGUGAAACGAAUAUUUUGAAGGAAAUGGCGGACUGAUUUUUAAUUUAAGUAAAGGAAAUAAAAUCUCUUGGAGAUGAUUCAAGAUUUUACUUCUAAAGUCUGAGAAAGAAUUACCUAGUCCUCUUUCUUCUUUUUCAAAUCCUGAAUAUCGUUUUAGCUUAUACAUGAUUAGGAAGAGAAAUUAGAGUUCAUAACAGUAUGAAGUAUAAUUAUGAAACAAAACAAGAAGUUGUUAGAUCCAGCAGAAAGUUCGUUGUUUCCGAAUCAAAACAGCACUGAAGAUGCCCAACUCCAUUAAAAGCAUAAUGGAGGUAGAGAGAACUAAAUGCGACUACUAACUUCAACAAGUGCCUGUCUUCAAUUUUGCAAUUAUGAGUGGCCAACGGAUCUCGUUAUCUUUGCUUAUUCCACGUCGAAACGUAAGGGAUCGCAGGAAAGAGGCCUUUUGCUUUACUCUGGAAUUUAAUGUGACCUCUCUUCGAUGACCGCGAGUGAGCACUCUUCACAUAGAUAGACAAUUCUUUUUUGAUCCAGUUUCGCUUACGAUCACUUGAUCACGAAACCAGGGAAUUACUAUACGGUUGCCCAGUAGAGGAGACAACGAGUCAUUCCCACAUAUCAAGUUUUAAAAUCCCAGUUAUUAGGGACAAAUAGAUGACAUUAAUUGUGGUCAAAGAAUUAAAUUAGAGACACAUACUAGAAGCCGACGGGAAAGGCACAUGCGACUAAGAUGUCAGUAAAUCUGCAGAAGCACGUGUUCUUAUAGGAAGUUAUUGCAAGGGUGGGGAUUUUAUCUGCAAAUAAGAAAACCUCUUUCGGCCACAAAUAGGUUACUUACUAAUGACGUCAUUAAGGCCCAAAACAAAAGACGCACAUAUCAGAUGAUAAGCACUUUGUCUUAGGAACACCGAUUAGCGGUUCCCUUAAAUAUUUUGCUGUUUCACACUUCCUUUAGACUUAUUCUAAGGUCGGUGUAUUUGAUAAACUUCCAAUUUUGUUUCGAAACUUUGAAAAAUUCGAUAAAAAUUCAGUUUUAAAUUAUGCUUAAAAGAUCACAGUGUAAUUCAAUUUUGGUACAAUGAAAUUCGCAUUAAUUGGCAAUCUAAUUAUUCAGGCUAAAUUAAUAAAAAAUAUUAUUACACUGUAUGCCAACAAAGUGUUGCAUUUCUGAAUAAAAAUUAUUAAAAAAGUAACUUUGAUUCUGAAAAUCACCAGGGAGCUAAAUUUAAUUCCAUAUAUGUUUCCCAUAAGUGACUACUAACAUUACAAAAUGCAAAUUUUUUACACAUUAUUUACAUUCAAAGUAUUUUUUUUUUUAUUAUUUUGAGUAUAGUUAAGGAAAUUCCAAAAAAUAUACAAAAUGCAACAAACUAAUAUACCUCCUACAAAAACAAUUCUACCAAAGUAAAUAAACAAAUAAAUAUUCCAUCAAAACAUAAAAAACUAAAAAAAUGGGAUCAAAAAUAGUCACGUUGUUUUAACACUCACGUUAAAUGCAAAAAGACGUUUUGAUUAAACCUGUCCUGAAACUGACUGAAAGAACAAAGAUCGUAUCAUAAUUUAUUGAAACAGAAUUGCAGCGUAAUCUAUAAAAAGAUGCUGCAUUAUGCACUGAUACAAAAGAGAUCAAAAGCUUUCAUAUAGUACCAUUUAUAACCAAGUGCUCAUGAAUUCAAUCAUCAAAAAUAAAUAUGAUGUUCUAAUCACACAAAAGACAUUUGAUGCGAUUGAAACCGACUGGCAUUUUAAAACAUAUCCUAGACUAAUAAUGCAAACGGCAUAACAACUGUCAGUCAUAAACGUGGCGUAAUAUAGUGUGAACUAAAUCUUAUCUCAUAGAAUUUUAAUUACUAAAUCUUCUUUUAUGUCUCAAGAGCCUAUUUACACUAGCGAAAUUUUGUGUUUAAGAAACACGUAUGAAUUUGACGGUUACUCUACAUAAAAAGACAGAUACUCAUCUUUCCUGAGAUAAAAUUGAGCAUCUAUGCAUUUAUUGAAUAAAUGAAAUAAAAAUAACCUACGCGAUAAUGUUACUAAAAAUUUCAUGAACUUCAUAAAAAGGCUGUUAAGUGAAGUUGUCAAGUUCGCGCGCGUUUUGGGGGCUCAAAGUUCUGUAGACGUAAAUGAACCUUAACAGGAAUCACAGGCUGAUGAUAUACUGACAACAAGAUGCCUUGAUUAAAUUCAACUAAAUCAAAGAAUGAUGUGCAGACGUACAAAUUUUGAAAUAUUCAGUAAGCAAACUCUUAUUAAACAUAUCCAGCUUGCACAUAAAAUGACGAAAUUUAAAAUGCGUGCCUCUUCCAACAUUCGUUCCAACAUUUGUUAAAACAGACUUAUUAGCCAAAUAAUCUACAAAAAAGAUCUGUAAAUGACUAAGGUAUAUUGCAGAAUAUGUUCUUUGACAUAAUAAAAAAUUUUCUUUAGAUAAUCCAACAUGACGACGCCUCCAACUUAAGCUGCAGGAAUGGCUCGUUUCACUUAAGUAAAGAAUCGCUAUUACCAACCAAGAAUUACUCACUAUUGUGAUCAUUUAGAAUAGUCCUGCGAUUACUCAGCGAAGUUCAAAAAUCUAUGCAUGUGGUCUUCUAAAAAACAGAAGAGACGAAACCCAUAAAGUUAUAUGAUUUGCAACGAAAGUACCAUCAGUGCUUCUGAGAUAUUAUGGGAUCGGAUAAAUAGCGUAUUACUUUUAAUUAUAUUUAUGUGAAUCUCUACUUUUCAUUUGUAACUUUUCCCUAGAUUUUCCAUCGUUUCUGUUAAGUUUUCACUUCUAAAAAUUUUUCAAAAAAAUUUCUGACGUCAAAUUUCUUAGCGUCUACAAUUCAUUGAUCAUCUUAUAUCGUUUGUGCGCGUGUGUGAUUUAAGAGAAUAAUAUUCUAAAUAAUGAUUAGUUGAUUCAAUUCAGACAAAGCGCGUGAGGGAUAUCUUUCAAAGAAGGUAUGUUCUUCUUAAAGAUUUUUUAAAGAGAGCUUGCUCAUGUUUACGAUAUAUAUGGGUAAAUUUCAUACGGUUAGUUCGUUCACAAAGAAUGGAACCUGCAAUUGUGCAAUUAUAAUAUCAAAUCAUUGUUUUAAACUCAAGUACAGGAACUUAAUGUCACCCGAAAUAACUUUUAACUUUUUACACUGUAUUUAAAGUUAAUUUCAAUAAAUUUUCAAUACUUUUCAAUAUUUCUUUGAAAAUUAGAGAUGAUUGAGAAAGAAAGACCAUAGUUAUAAAAAUUAAGAUUUUACAUUGCUCGGUUAAAGAAAACAUCAAAAAAUUUUUUUUUCAGUAGGCGAAAGACAUAAUCGCUUACAACACACAAUUAGUAAUUAUUUAAAUAAUUUAGAUGGAUUUAAAAAUAGAAUGUUCUCAUUAUGCUUAUUGUAAUACUCACUAAUAAAUCACACGUUUUCUCAAGGAGAAUCUGAUGUAGUAUAUGAAAGCUUUCGAUCAUAGUAUUUUGCAUGCACAUAUGCUAAAAUGUACUUGUCUUCAUAAUAUUCAUAUCAUGUAACAAUGUAAUAGUUUCUGACAUACGCUCUGCACGUAUUUUUUUAUCAAAUCUUCUAAAACCUCGCAUAUAAUUUUUUACCAAACUUCACACAAAAAUCAACACUUGUAUUCGCAACAAAUAGUUCAGUAUCAACAUAGCAAUAACCAGAUAAGUAUAAUCCUCUAUUAAGCUAAUAUGUAAGCUGCCACGAACCGAACGGUCGAAGCACGCCGUGAAAAAACUCCAUCCAGCUAAAUGAUAGAAAAACUGCAAAGCAAACACUUUUCACGAUGUUAUACUAAAAAUGCUAGUAAAUUCUUUCUGAAAGGUGAAAUAUUUUAAGGCGAAAUACAAUAAUUUUCACCCACAUAGCAAAUUAACAAAAACCUUAUAAUAUUUGCAGAUGUAGAACUAAUUUUCAAAAGAUUACAAAAAACAUAUUCUGAAUUAUUUUUAAUUAUUAUAAUUUUUUUUAUAAUUUGAGCAUGCGAAAGUGUAGUUUUUAAUGAAAUUACGAUAACAGUGUUUGUCGUUUCGAAAUAAAAUGCAGUUGUAUAGCAGAAAAAUACACAGAUACGAAGACCAGUACAAACAGAUUCAUAAGCAAAUAUCAACUUCUCUUUAAGAAGAAUUCAACGCUAUCUUUUCUUUGUACACAUAAAUUAUUCACUCAGUGGCAACAUAUCGAAAUAAUAUAAGUAAAUACUAUGAUUUGUAUCAUCGGUUUGGAAAACUUUUAACCGGAAAAUGGCAACACAUAACCAUGACUCACUUCGUAGCAAAGUGUCAAAGUACGAGUAAGGGCACAAAGGCAAGGAUCUGAAGAUCCGAAAAUCCUACAUGAUUUUUUUCGAGACUUGUGUUCUAGGAAACACACAUUCUAUACAUACGCUACAUAUAUCUCUCUAUAUACAGAAAUAUAUAUAUAUAUAUAUAAGGCCUUUGUAAAUAAUAGAAUAUUACAGCCUAUAUACAAAAAAAAAAAAAAAAAAAAAGUGAAGAUGCUGCGGCACGAAACGUUACAAAAACUGUGGCCUUCAUAGUGACUGAUGAGCAGCCUAUAAAACUGAAGAAGUAGGAAGAUGCCAGAUGAUAUCCAUAUAAAUGGGGUGAUAGAGAGUUGCUCUCGGUCAUUAAUUUUUGCCUCUAAAACAACAGUCUAAAUUUUAUAUUAAAACCCAAAAAGUACAAUAAUCAAGAUAUUAUCACUUUAACACAAAAAUAAUUUUAAAAAUAAAAUAAUAGGAUUAAAUUUUAUUUGCUCAUUUCGAGAGCGGCUCUCGCACCCACCCACUGAAAAGUGGUCUUUCGAUUAGCAUUCCAGAUAACCCCCCAACAAAGAGCUUGGAUUGAACGUGAUGCAGUGAAAAAGGGUGAGAUGUAACAUAUAACCAAAUAAAAGAACUUCACAGUUCGUGCAAAAUCUAAAUAAAGUUAUCUAUAUCAAA